GGAAUAUGAAGUGUUAAAAUAGAAGGUGCCAAAGUUGGUCCUUCCCAAAUUGUGAGAAUAGUAAAGCUCUUCAUGAAGAAUGAUUUCUUGAGCAAAACAAUUCUUCCUUCAUACACCAUCAGAUAUUUCAAGAAGUUAAAGAGCAUUUCGAAUAUUUAAAACCUCCCAAUCAUCUAAAUAUCUCAUAUUUCAAAUAUGUCAUCAUCAAAUUCGAGAACCCUCAUGAAAGAGCUUAUGGACACAAUUCAGAAGCUGGAAACCGCCCAUAAUUGCGAAGUCGAUAACUUAACGCGGGAAAAUGAAAAUUUGAAGGGGGAGAUUGUAAGACUCAAAGCACAAAUACAAUCGUCUACCCCUGGCGCCGCCAUUAAUUUCCGGCAUGCCUCUGAGGUCUCUCUGUCUCUGUCAUCUGAAGAGGCGACGCAACCAAUCUCGUCACCCCCAUCUUCACCCGAGUCAGACAAGCCCUUUUCGUUUCUCCGCCCUUCCAAAUCAAUUGACAACCCCGAAAGAUUCGCGACCUGUUGGAGUCUUACUUCAACUCAAGCUACCAAGAUAUCUCAAUCAAUGAAGUCCUUCCACACAAUGAAGGAUUCUCAAACCGUAAACUCUUCUCAAACAUUGAAAUCUUCUCAAUCAUUGCAAUCAAGUCAUGGUUUGAGUAAUCGACUUACUGGUCCGAACAUCGAUUUGCCAAGACCGGUAUUCAAUCUCAAACGAAAGGCAAUUACAUCUACACCAGAACGAAAGGAUAAUGUGGAUGAGGAUGAUAAAGAGAAUGAGGAGGAUCUUACAUCAUUACCUCCUGUAAAGUACCGUCGAUCAAAGAUUAAUUGGGAUGAACAGGCUAGACAACCUUCAUGGAGUGAUUUGGAAUUGAAAUCAGAUGAGUAGAUUGAUUGAGGGAGCAUUUGAUAUGCGUUUGUGUCGACGAAUGAAAUUUGCGGGGUUCCUUGAUGGUGGGGUAGCUUUACGCA